AGGUAGGGUAUUAUAAUCAUCUUCGUUAUUAACCCACCCAACUAAUGGGACGCGUUAUUCGUGGACAACGUAAGGGACGUGGAGGAAUCUUCAAGGCUGUCACUAAGCAUCGUAAAGGAGCUUCUAAGCUUCGUGCUGUAGAUUAUGCUGAGCGUCAUGGAUAUAUCAAGGGUCUAGUACAGGAGAUUAUUCAUGAUCCUGGUCGUGGUGCUCCUAUGGCACGUAUUGCUUUCCGUAACCCUUAUAAGUUCGGCCUACAAAAGAUCCUAACUGUGGCUCCUGAGGGUAUGCAUACUGGUCAGUUCGUAUACUUUGGUAAGAAUGCUAAUCUAUCUAUUGGUAAUGUAUUACCUCUUGGCAAGAUGCCUGAGGGUACAGUUAUUUCCAACAUUGAGGAGAAGAUUGGUGAUCGUGGUACUUGUGCUACUACUGGUGGUGCUUCUGGUAUUGUUGUUGGACAUUCUGAUGAUGGUAGUAAGACUCGUAUUCGUCUACCAUCUGGUGCCCGUAAGACUGUUAGUAGUCAAUGUCGUGCUAUGAUUGGUAUUAUUGCUGGUGGUGGGCGUCUUGAUAAACCUGUUCUUAAGGCUGGUAAUAACUUCCAUAAGUAUCGUGUUAAGAGGAAUUGCUGGCCUAAGGUUAGAGGUGUUGCUAUGAACCCUGUUGAACAUCCUCAUGGUGGUGGAAACCAUCAGCAUGUUGGUCAUCCUACUACUGUACCUCGUGGUGCUCCUGCUGGUCAGAAGGUUGGUCUUAUUGCUGCCAGAAGAACUGGUCUCCUUAGAGGUGGUAAGGCUCUUAAGUGAGGAAUGAUGAUGAUGAUGUAUUGAUGUUGUUAUCGCCGUCAAUAAUAACAGAUGAUAAUAAUAGUAUCCCUCUAUCGCCAAGUAACCUGAA